GGUUUUUCAUAAUUUAUAUUAUAAUGCAUACGAAUCAUCAAUUAACAUUAAUAUGAUGAACAAGUUUUAAUACUUCAAAUAAUUUGCAGACAAAUUUGUGUAUAUAAUUUUAUAAAAUCAUGAAUAUAUAAAUAAAUAUAUGCUCAAAAAUAAAUUUAAAAAUAGAAGAACCGACUGGUUGGCAGUCGCCACUCGCCAUCACGUCCGUUAGUACCUUUUUCAUCUUCAACCAUCUCCCGUGCGCCGCGUCACUGUUAAACCAACUCUUUCUGCUUUUGAUUUGUUGCAGUUACAAUUGCAAUCAACAAACGCUGUUUCUAUUUCAAUAUAUUUAUGUAUUGAAGCCAAAUUGAAAAUCUCAUGCGUUCAAAUUAGACAUGCAUUGAAGUAAAAUUGAAUAUCUCAUUCGUUAAAAUUAGAUGCUUCAGUGGAAAAUUUUAAUGCCUUCGAGACAACCUAUUUUUGGCCACCAAAAUCUGAUUUUCCAGUGUGCUGGUUCAAGCUACUUUCUCCCUUGCGCUCCAUGUAGUUUCUUCUGUUCGAACGCCUCUAAGAACGGGAAAUGUCAGGCUCAAUCUCUCACGAACUUUGUUUCUGUAAUUAUGAUUGAUGCUACAACAAUUUCAUCAAUUUAGUUUAUUUAAUCUUUCAUGGGAAGGAAGAUGAAGGAUUUGAAGUUGGAAAAUGAUGAAACCAUAUGAUUUUUUUCCCCAACUGUAUUUAAUCACAUAUAAUACCACUUUUUUGGCGUCCUUUAUUAAUGUAUGGAAUUGUGGACUGUUGUUAUAGGGAUAACACAAUCAUGGCAACUGCAACCGUGGCUACUGCGGCCGGCGCAGCGGCUCUCUUAUACUAUACGUUGAAUCGGAGAUUACAGUGUUGCACAAGCAAGGAAUAUAAUGUAGACAAUUAUAGUGGUGCUGAUGCACCCACGAAGAUGCCAUUAGGAAUUGACCGUGUUUCUCAUAGAUUAAUUCAAGCCCCUGCUACUUGGUUGGAGACAAUAUCAACACUGUCAGAGACUCUCCGUUUUACAUAUUCAGAGACUCUUGGGAAGUGGCCCAUUGGAGAUUUGGCAUUUGGUAUAACCUUUCUAUUGAAGAGACAGGGAAACUUUCUCGUUGACAGUGUAUUUGGUGGUAGAGAUAGUAUACGGUUGAAAGGAUCUGAGAUUACUGCUGAACUUGAAUAUCUCUUAUAUUUGCUGGAACUCUGUUGGCAUUUUUCAAAGAAGCCACUUCCUCUGUUUCUGGAAGAAACUGGCUACACUGAAGAGAAUGUUCUCCUUCAAGAGCCUAAAGCAGGAAUUUUGAAGCCAGCAUUUACAGUAAUUGCUGAUCACAAGACCAGAUGUUUUCUCUUGUUGAUUCGUGGUACACAUAGUAUCAAGGAUACUCUGACAGCUGCUACAGGUGCUGUGGUGCCAUUUCAUCACGCUGUAGUGCAUGAGGGCGGUGUGAGGGAUUUGGUCUUAGGUUAUGCACAUUGUGGAAUGGUUGCAGCUGCUCGAUGGAUUGCAAAGAUCACUACUCCUUGUCUUAUUGAAUCACUUGGCAAAAACCCUGACUAUAAAAUUAAGAUUGUAGGUCAUUCUUUGGGGGGAGGCACAGCAGCACUUCUAACGUUUAUAUUAAGAGAGCAAAAGGAAUUGUCAGAGACUAGUUGUGUUACAUUUGCUCCAGGUGCUUGUAUGACGUGGGAGUUGGCAGAAUCAGGCAAUCAUUUUAUUACUUCUGUUAUAAAUGGAGCUGAUUUGGUGCCUACAUUCUCUGCUGCUUCUGUGGAUGAUUUGCGUGCUGAGGUGACAGCAUCAGCAUGGAUAAAUGACUUGAGGAAUCAAAUUGAGCAGACAAGAAUUCUCAGUACCGUUUACCGUUCUGCUUCAGCACUGGGUUCACACCUCCCAUCCAUUGCCACUGCCAGAGCAACAGUUGCUGGAGCUGGGGCAAUUUUACAACCAGUUUCAAAUGGUACCCAGGUUGUGAUGAGGAGGGCUCAUAGCAUGGCUCAGGCAGCAUGGAGACGUCCUGCCCUUGGCCUCUCAUCUUGGUCAUGCAUGGGUCCCCGUUGCCAAGUCAUGGUGGAUGCACGCUCAAACUGUACAGAAGAGGAGAACUCUUCAAAAUAUUCAGCCUUUGCCAUAGAAGAAAGUUCUGAACCACUUCUAUCUUCCAGGAAGGGCAUGCAUGGGGAUGCAGUCCAGAAUAAAGACUCACCUGUACCUUCAUCUGUAGGAGAGUGCUCUUGUAUCAGUAAAAUGAAUUCAGAUGCUGAGGGGGAUGUUGACAUUAAUGACGGUGAUCAGAUGAAUGACGCGGAGCUAUGGCAACAACUGAAACAUGAGCUGCGUGACAGAACUGAAGGAGAGGAGGCUGCAGUUGAAAAUGAGAUAAGGGAAGAAGAAGUGGAAGCCAUGGAGGAGGAAACUAAUAGCGAAACCUUGAGUUCGGCUUCAAAAGUGAAGGAAGUUCACAGAUUCUUCCCUCCAGGAAGGAUAAUGCACAUUGUUACGCUAAGCUCUAGUCCAACGAAGUGUGAAAAUGAAGCUGGCCCAAUCUCUUCUAGUUCAGACAAAAGCCAGCCAGACGAGACCAAGAUUGGGAUUUUCCUAACUUCAAGGUCUUUAUACAGUAAGGUGAGACUUUCACAGACCAUGAUUAGUGAUCACUUCAUGCCGGUUUACAUAAGGCAGAUCGAAAGGCUAAUUAAAGAACUUGAGAUGGAAGAGGAUCAUAGAACUUCAGAGGUAGUGUUAUAGGUAAAUCCACAGCAUCAAGGUUAGAUUUCAUUCAUUUGCUCAUGUUGGGCGUUUUUUAAUCCCUAUAAUUUUGUAACUAACUGUAACAGAAGCAGUGAUUUUCGAGUUUUUCUGAACCUGUCAAUCUUGUAACUAUACUAGAAUUGGUGAUGAACAUGAUGUCCGGUGAGGGAAGAGUAACUGUCGUUGGUUUCCCAAGUUCAGGUUCUGGAAAUGAACCUACUAGAAAAGUAAACCAAGAAGAUGAUUCAUUCUCAUCUGAAAGAAAUUAUUUGCUGUAUCAUUGAUGUUAUAAUUGAAUGUUUGAUUACCUUCA